CUGGCUCUCUCAGGAGCUCGGGCCAGGGGAAUCGGGUGCAGAACAGAUCUUUUAUUAACAUAUUUGAGGGCAGGCAAACCUCUAAAGGCUGUGCUCAGUUGUAGUAGCAAUAAGGAACUCGAGGACCGGCUUCCUCCUUGCAUUGACGUUCUCGAGUCUUGGGCAUCCUCCGGAUUCAGCAGAUGCUGAUGGCUCGUAAAAACUGCAGCUUAUUGCAGGAAAUGGAUGUCAUCCAGAAGCAAGAUGAAAACUGUUACUGCUAUGUGCAAAACAGAACCAUUCACUUACAGUACCUGUGGUCGACUCUCCAGAUAAAAGUUAGCAGCAGAGAAAAGUUCCGUUUUGAGCCUAUUUCAGAAAAAAACAACUGUCGGAAUUCAGAAACUGUUUUUGAGUUUGCUGCAUGUGCUGUUCAAAUCCUCUGGAAGCCAGAGACAUGUACAGAAACUUCUCUGAGCAUAAAACAAUAUGGAGAGGAUGUUUGUUUCAAAAUACAACCCUUCAAAAUGGAACCAUACAUUGUGAGGAUGAAAAGAGAAAUGCUAGAUGGAAAGCUCUUGUUUUUGUUUGUAGCUGGAAUUUUUCUGUUCCAUUUUGCAAACAGCCUGAGCAGGAGUGCCAAGUUCUUUUACCUUUCUGGAAUAAUACUGGGUGUUCUUGCUCUGCUAGUCUUUGUCCUGUUGACACUUAAAAGGUUUAUUCCAAGGCACAGUACAUUCUGGAUUCUAAUGAGUGGCUCCUGGAUGAUCUCUCUCUAUUUAAUUUACUGCUUCAAAGAGAAUGUACAGUGGUUGUGGUCUGAACACAAAAACUACCUGUUGGGGUAUUUUCUGGCUGUUGGGAUUACCAGCUUUGCCAUUUGCUAUCAGCAUGGGCCACUGACCACGGAGCUCAGCAUAAACUUGCUCACAUGGAUGCUCCAAUUAACAGCCUUUGUUCUGAUCUACUUUGGUGUCACCAUCCCUCAAGUUGCAUAUGCAGUCAUAGCAGUCAGCCUCUGCUCCAAAGGCCUGUGUUACCCCCUGGGUGCUGCCUGUCAUAUUGCCAGAAAAAUGAAGCAUCACUUUAAAUCAAAAAAAUUGGUAUUUAAAUACCUUACUGAAGAUGAGUAUCGAGAACAAGGUGAAAGUGAAACUAUCAGAGCUCUGGAGGAGCUGCGCUCAUUCUGCAGGAGCCCUGACUUCCCAUCAUGGAUAGCUGUAUCCAAACUUCAGGCUCCACACAGGUUUGCAUCUUUUGUUCUAGGAUCCCCUCAUGUCUCACCUGCAGAAACAAAGGCGCAUGAUGAGCAGUAUGGCAUUGGGAGCUCCUUCCUGGAAGAGCAACUGUUUGAGACAAGGGCACAGUCUGAGCAAGAUGAGCCAGCCAAUUCUGUCCAUGAAGAAGAUGAGGAGAAUGCAAAUGAAAUGCAUACACAAGUUCCAUUUCCAUAUGCUACUGAGCUGCUCUGAGCUUUGAGAAAUAGCAACAAAAAAAAAAGAGACAGAAAACACACUUGUCCUAGAAAGGGAGGAUACAGAAUGAGAACUCACACUUGGCCUUUUCUUGUGGUUGCUAUUGGACAAAGAAGGAUUUUUGAAAAAACUGUUUCCUGUAUCACCAAUGUUACCUGAUUAGAGCAACAGAAGAAAACCACAGGGGCUGUUCACGUGAAGAGGAAUCUCAUGCUAUGGGAUUUUCACUGGGGAAACAAACACUGUGUAUUUCCAAGGCAAGUACUGGAGACAGCCUGUCCACCAGGAUGCCUUCUUUUACCAAGGACACUACCUCUAGUAAACAGAGACUCUGUUUUGGCCCUUUCCAUCAUCAAGUCCUCUG